ACUUAACCACUCGGCCACAGGGCCGGCCCCACAUCUUGCUCUUUUUGGCUCGACAUCUUAUUUUAAACAAUUGUCUUUUCCCAUGUCUUUAUUCCUCAAAAACACAUUCCACAUGGAUUUCCUCCAUAGGGCUGAGCCGCGGUUACUUACCCUUUCCUGUGUGCUUGGCCAUUUGUGGCUGUGUCCACGGUCUCAUCUGUGAAAUGGGCACAGGUGCGCUGUGAAGUCCACUGCGGUGGCCGACCUGUCCGUGCGCGUGACCAGUCCUUAGUGAGCCUGUGGGCCUGAAGUGGAGCAGGACAGGAACACCCGCCAGGCCUGCCCUGGGCAGCAAGGCCCCCGGGCUGCGCACUGUGGGAUAAACUGAGGAAAGGAAAGGGGGACGGUGACCUCUGGGGGACAGUUGGGGCUCCCUCAGGAGCUGCUUGUUCUCUUACAGCAGAGACCAGGGCCGUCCACUCAUCUGGCCCUCCAUCAAGCAGGUGGUCCCGGAGGGUGGCAGAGGGGGUGGCAGGACCCAGGACGGUGGGCUCCUAUCUGCUCUACUUAAACCAAGGGUCCUUCGAACCCAUCACUCUCUUCAAUCAAAGAUGCUAUUACUCGAAACAAGCCAGCGGCUUCAGCGUGGGCUCCUGCUCUGUGGCCCCUGGCUCUGCGCCUGGGCCAGCCCUGUGCUCGCUUGACCAGGGAGGGUGACAGAUGUCAGAGAGCAGAAGUCAGGACGGAAAGGAGACGAAGGCAGGAAUAACUCUCUGGCCGAGCGAGUCCUGGGUCCUCCGUGCGCUCCUCACUCGGCCCAGAGCGUCCUGUGCUGGGGGCAGCCCUGAGCUCUAGCCCGGUCUUCCCAUCUCACAGGCAGGAAGACAGAGGCCCAGAGGGGAGGGGACGUGUUCAAGGUCUCCCCGCUUCCUGGGCGCGCCUUCCCGGCCCCAGAGAACCUGGCUCAGGGGGGCUGAGCAGACGCCCUUCUUGCAGUCAGGAGAGGAGCAUCAGAAAGAGCCGGGAGGGAGAGGGGCGCCCAGCAGGCCCAGUGGGCUUGAGGGGGAGUGGGGUGCCCAAGCUGGUGGCUUCUGUGCUCAGUGGGUCGGCUGCCGGCCUUCCCUUCUCUGGGCAUCAGCAAAUGUCUGGCCCUUGUUUGUGAGGACGCAAGGGGUGGGCGGUCAGGGAUCGAGAGCAGAGGGCAAAACCCCAGCUCCAGCCGCUGUGGGCCGCACGGGGUGUCUGAGCCUCCCCAUAAAUGGUGGUCUGUGUCAUCCCAGGGGACAUGACCUUGGGCCAAAGGGGCAGAGGCCUCCCGCUCCCAGCCCCUGACGGAAGCUCGGUGUUCAAUGGCCUGGCAUGCAGUAGGCACUCACUCACUAUUUGCUGAGACACAGCAUUCUCGGACCAGCAUGCAGGGGGCUUAGUGCCUGGGUGAAGGAAUUCAGGGGCUGCAGCUACAAAACCCAGGGGCUCUGGAGGCCUGCCCUGCCUACUUCUCCUUCGAUGCAGCCUAAACCCACUCCUCCCCCAGAGUGUGGUCCCGCCUCAGCCCUCAGAGAUCCCCUGCGAUCGCUGAUGCUCCAGCCAGACCAGACUACUGGCAGGUGCUCUGACUGAGCCCAUCUCUCUCACCUCUGUGCCUUUGCACAUGCUGUUCCUAACACCUGGCACACUCUUCCAUCCCAUCCUCUCUCUGCCAAGCCACUUCCUCCUCCUUCUUUAGGCUUCCCCCAGGGGCUCUCCCAGUCCCUCCCCUGGGGUUGCCUUUGGGGGUCCUCGUCUGCUCCCCAGGCCUCGGCUCCCUCUCCAUCACAGCACAGUCUCAUCACCUCGUGUCCUCCUUGCCUGUGUCCCAGGCUGUCUCCCACUGGACUGGUUCACAGCUGUAUGCCCAGUGCCUGCAUUCAGUAGGCACUCAAUACAUGCAUGUUGAGGGAACAAAGUGAGUGAAGGGACCCCAGACAUGGUUCUGAAGAGAUGCCCUUCCAUCAUUCAUUUAUUCAGCAAUCACUCAUUCUGCUGGUAUUUAUCAGGGGCCUCCUCCUUGCUGAGGGUCUGGGGUGCGGCUGUGAAGACAGGAAAGACCCCGCCCCGAGAGCUGAGACCCACAAUUACUGACAAUUUGGGGCAGUGACAGGUUCUCUGAAGGAUUUGGAACAGCGUGAGGGGUGAGGCCGCUGCAGCCACGGGGCACAGGGGGAGUUUCCCAGGAGGGGCCUGGUCACUGAGGCCUGGAGGCUGGGAGGAGCAGUGUGGAAGGCCUGGGGGAAGGGUGUGCCAGGGAGCGGGCACUGCCAGUGCGAGGCCUGGAGCCUCCAGCUGGGGCGCAGGGGACCGUGUUGGGCCAGGAGAAGUUUCCAGCUCCUCCAUCCUCCUCUGGGUGAUCCGGGCGGGUCUCGUGACCACUCUGGGCUGGCCUGGCCGCCGUAGGUCAAAUGAGCAAGUCGGGCUCAGACGGUGCAGACGGUCUGGUCCCCAGAGCCUCCUCGGGCCGCCGUCCCUCUUGUGUAUAAACUCGUAUUCCGUGCCCUGGCUAUUUUGCCGUUUUCUCUCAUGCUAACCCGAAGGGGCUAUUUUGGAAACUCUGUAAGCAGACUCAGGCCUGGCUGGCACUGGAGCGGAUGUAAAAGAACCCUAAGUGAGGGACUCGGCAUAAGAGCCGCCCAGCCCGGGCGCCCACGCCGUUAAAUUUAGAAGCCUCACCUCCCGCGAGGUGAAAUUGCAGGUUCCCCGGCGGGCGGGCGGCGGGGCCGGUGCGGGCAGACGGACACGGUGCAGUGGCUCUGCUCCCUGCAGCUGCACCUUGGGGACAAGGCCCAGGACAGUCUGGGGAGCAGCUGGCUGCGUGAGGAGCCCCUGCAGCUGGUCUGCCCGCCUGCGCUCGCCAGCUGGCUCCAAGCGGCAUCGGUCUGAGCCAGUGCUGCCCGGGGUGCCAGGCAGAGAGAGGCGGCGAGGGACACCGCGGAAGAGGCAGGCCGUCUGCCACUGAAGGUCACGGCCAUGUCGGUGAGGGUGCGGUUCCUGUCCUCGGGGGACGCAGGGGCCGUGGGGGUCGUGGGCCGGAGCGCCUCGUUCGCAGGCUUCAGCAGCGCACAGAGCCGCAGGAUCGCAAAGUCCAUCCACGGGAACUCAGUGAGAUCUCGGAUGCCUGCGAAAUCCUCCAAGAUGUACGGCACACUGCGGAAGGGGUCUGUGGGCCCCGACCCCAAGCCGCAGCAGGUGAAGAAGAUCUUCGAAGCACUGAAGAGAGGCCUCAAGGAGCAUCUGUGCGUCCAGCAGGCCGAGCUGGGGUACCUGUCAGGACGCCACAAGGACGCCCGCAGGAAUUCCAGGCUGGCUUUCUAUUACGACCUGGACAAGAAGCAAACGCGCUCCGUGGAAAGGCACAUCCGGAAGAUGGAGUUUCACAUCAGCAAGGUGGAUGAGCUCUACGAGGGCUACUGCAUCCAGUGCCGCCUGCGCGACGGCGCCUCCAACAUGCAGCGUGCCUUCUCCCGGUGCCCACCCAGCCGUGCCUCUCGGGAGAGCCUGCAGGAGCUGGGCCGCAGCCUGCAGGAGUGCACCGAGGUGGGCGCGGGUGCUGGGGGCUGGGGCGGGCCCCGGGGAAGAUGGUUGUCCGCCCACGGGCCUCUGACGGCAGGGUCUGUGCGUUCCCCUGCGGCCAAUCCCGGGCCAGCGGCGAGCGCCCUGUGUGGGGCUUUGCAGGACAUGUGGCUCAUCGAGGGGGCCCUGGAGGUUCACCUGGGCGAGUUCCACAUCAGGAUGAAAGGCUUGGUGGGCUAUGCACGCCUCUGUCCUGGAGACCAGUACGAGGUGCUCAUGCGCCUGGGCCGCCAGCGCUGGAGGUUGAAGGGCCGGAUUGAGUCGGAUGACAGUCAGACCUGGGAGGAAGAGGAGAAGGCCUUCAUCCCCACCCUGCACGAGAACCUCGAGAUCAAGGUGACAGAGCUGCGGGGCCUGAGCUCGCUGGCGGUGGGCACUGUGACAUGUGACAUCGCCGACUUCUUCACGACCCGGCCGCAGGUCAUUGUGGUGGACAUCACAGAGCUGGGCACCAUCAAGCUGCAGCUGGAGGUGCUGUGGAACCCGUUUGACACUGAGAGCUUCCUGGUGUCUCCCAGCCCCACGGGCAAGUUCUCCCUGGGGAGCAGGAAGGGCUCCUUGUACAACUGGACGCCCCCGAGCACCCCCAGCUUCCGGGAGAGAUACUACCUGUCUGUCCUGCAGCAGCCAGCACAGCAGGCCUUGCUGGUGGGUAGGCCGAGGGCCACCUCCGUCCUCAGCUGCCUGUCUGACAGUGACCUGCAGGGCCCCGGCCUGCGGAGCCGCAGUCAGGAGCUGCCUGAGAUGGACUCCUUCAGCUCCGAGGACCCCCGGGACACUGAGACCAGCACAUCAGCGUCCACCUCGGACGUGGGGUUCCUGCCCUUGGCCAUCGGCCCCAACACCUCCAUUGAAGAGGAGGCUCAGGAGGACCCCCCGGUCCUGGGCCUCCUGCCAGAGGCUGCUCACCUGGCUGGAGGCUCGCGCGUGGAGCCGCCUGGCUGGAGGAAUUUGGGAGUAGAGAGCCCCACCCUGCCACGGGGCUCCCCAUUCCAAGACCACGGGAUCUCAGGGAGCCAGGAAGGCCCCGAUGAAGGAGAAAUCAGGCACGGAGUGGACCGGCCUGGAGAGAGCCUUGAGGGGCCCCUCCAGGAGGUCCUGGACUUACUGGGAUCCAUGGACUCCACCCAGCCCCGGCUCCGGGAGCUGGAGUACCAGGUCCUCGGCUUCAGGGACCGGCUGAAGCCCCGGGUCGCCCGCCAGGAGCGCGCCUCCACCGAGAGCCUGCUGGAGUGCGUCCUGGAGAGCUUCGCCUUCCUCCACGCCGACCUGGGCGCACGCCGGCUGGCCCUGCUCGGGGGCUCCCCAGGCCCAAGGAGGGACGGGACGCCACCCCCAGCGCCAUCGCUGCAGGCGUCGUCCAGGGAGCUCACGGCCGGCACCCUGGAGCUGGACACGCUGCUCACCAUACACCUCCAAGUCUGCAAGGCUCUGCUGGAGAAACUGGCCUCUCCUAAUCUGUCAAGGAUGGUCCAGGAACGCCUUCUGGAAGAAGCUGCACAGCAAAAGCGGGUUCUGGAGACGCUGUCUGUGAUUGAUUUUGAGAAGGCCAGCAAGGCGGCAUGCGUUGAAGAGAUCCUUGCGCAGGCCGCCCAGAGGAAGGGGUGUCUGAGGCUGUGGAGGGGGUGUGCAGGGCCCAGCGGGGUCCUGUCCUGCCCUGGCUCGGCACUGCUGCACCAGCUCAAGAGGACCUUCCUGCGCCGAGUCCGAGCGAAGUGCCCGGGACAGCUGGAGACAGUGUGCCGCCGGCUCCUGGAGCAGGUGAUCAGCUGCGGCGGGCUGCUCCCCGGAGUCCGGGCCCCUGAACAACAGACCGUCACCUGGUUCCAGUUCCACAGCUACCUGCAGAGGCAGAGUGUCGCCGACCUAGAGAAGCACUUCGCCCAGCUCACCAAGGAAGUCACGCUUGUCGAGGAGCUGCAGUGCACAGGGCAGGUCAAGACGCUCAGGAAGCUGCAGGGGAAACGGCUGGACCAGCUCCAGCCCCUGCCCCAGACCUUAAGGGCCUGGGCACUGCUCCAGCUGGACGGGACCCCGCGGGUGUGCAGGGCAGCCAGCGCUCGCCUCGCCAGCGCAGCCAAGAACAAGAGCUUUCGGGAAAAGGCUCUGCUCUACUACACGGCCGCCCUGGCCGAGGACGACGCCAAACUCCAGCAAGCCGCGUGCGUGGCACUCAAACAUCUCAGGGGCAUCGAAAGCAUCGAUCAGAUCGCCAGCCUGUGCCAGUGUGAGCGGGAGGCUGUGCGAGCGGCGGCAAGGGAAGCCACUCUGUCAUUCGGUGAAAAAGGCCGCUUAGCUUUUGAGAAGAUGGACAAACUUCGCUCAGAACAAAGAGAAGCCGCCUUUUGCCAGGAGGCAGACGUUGAAAUCACAGUAUUUUAAGCAGCCUCAGCUGAUGAGCUCAGAUCUGGCAUCUUCGUGUUUGCUGCUGCCCAGCCUCGACACAGGCACCGAGCUUCGGGGGUACUGUGUGCUCCCCUGGAAGCGUGAGCUGCUCCCCGAGUCUCCAGAGCAGCUGCAGAGCCCCAGGGCACACGGGAGGCUUCUGCACAGGAGCAGAAAAAAGUGACGCCCAGCACUCGGAAGGCGGCACAGCGGCAAUCAGAGAUGGGCUUUGGGCUCUGAGACUGUCUGACCUUCCCUGGAUGCAGAGCUCUGGCGGGCCAGCCAGCCAUGCUAUGGAGGGGCCGAGGCCAGACAGGCUGAGGCCUGGAAGAAAAGGCUGCAAGACGAACGGGCUGAACUCGAGCUCUCGCGGGUCAGUGAAGACUGAUUGAGGCCUCGAGCAGGCCGGCUGACCUUGUCAGGAGGGUGUGGUGGGUCUAGUCAUUUCAGCAGCACAAGCUGUCCCCCGGGUGAGCUGCAGAAGGUGGGGAGAGGCAGAGCCAGGGUUUCUAUGAUGCACUUUUUAACAUGAGCCUACAGCCCGCAUGCCACAGGGGAGCCUGGUGGCAGCCUGCUGACCAUGGACCUUAUUUUCACUGUUAAAAAGCACAAAUGAAAGAAAAAAAUGCCACCGGCCAAGAUGCCUUGGGUUUCAUGUCAGCAGCAGCAUUUGCUUUCACCUCACUCAUCAAAAUGGAAUCCAGCUUUCGAAGCACGUCCACUUAGGGCCGUUAAAUAAACUGCUUCAGAAGCCAUGAGCUGGUCUGAAGAGAGAUUUCACUGAAGAACAUGUUUAAAGAAAGAAAAUUAGUUGCCUAUUUAAGUCUAUUAAAAAAUCUCAAACAUGUCCUGAGCUGUUUGUGUUAACACCGUAGAGAUAAGCGGGGUUUGCACGUGGCUAUCCACAAUGGCGUCAGAAAACUCCGUAACUUAAACAUUCUCAUUUAAACUUCCUGGACAUAUUUUGUUCUUUCUGGUGUAACUUAGUAUUUAUUUGCCUUGUUUCUAUGUUCGAUUUUCCGAAAUUUUGAUUAAAAAAACAAUUUUUAUUGCUGUUAUAUUUUA